GCCUCAUUCAAGAUUUCAGUUAAACUUCUGCGAGGUAGUGUCAGAUGAUAAUCAGACUUAUAACCCAUUCAUUUAUGCAGGCCGUAAAUAAAUUUCAAAGCAAGAAUAUUCUGGCUAUCCUUAAACUAUAAAUGUUCUCAGAACAGGAAUUCUUUAUAUCUCGUCUCACUCUCAGAGCGUUUACUUUGACUUAAGUCUCGAAGUUCCUGUCUCUGCAUUGGGCAUUCAUGCGUGCGACAGUUUCUGUCGGUGUGUUCACGUCCAAUUUCAACUUUCAAAUCAGAUCUACGAAGUUACUGCCUAUAUCAUAUUAGUUACUGUUUUCUCAAAUUAUGUCAACUGUUUCGGUUUCAAAGGGAGUUUUUGCAUUCAAGCGGCAGCAUGGCUUGUCUUCAGACAAAUCUUGCAAGAAGCGUCGCCCUUCAGCUAAGGUGAAAUCAACAGUCCCAAAUUGGCCUGGCGAUGAUGAAUCUACUUCUCCUCUACAGGAAGAGAAUUACCUCAAAUGCUGGGAUUCUGUCAGUCAAACACUACAGGGCCUUGAGAAAAACAUCCACGAGACAGUAUUCAGAGAGCUCGUUGAGUUUGUGUCAAAUCAAACUCUGAGAUGUGGCAAGCAGUUUAAUGAGGACAGCUUGGAUGAUGGCAGCAUACCAGCCGCUGUGCUUGUCAUGGGUGUGAACAUGCCUGACAGUAGCAUGGUGCUAUCCAGCUUAGAUCAUCUGCUGAAGAAAAACAAUGUUGCUUCACAUGUUGUGUCCCUGAACAGCAGAAACUGUGGCACUCUCAGGCAGUGCAUAACACAUUUAGCUGACCAACUCAUCAAUGGGUCGUCUAGUGCAGCCGAGGAAGAAUCUUGUGAUGAUUCUUCUUACUCGAGCUCUUCGUCUUCUUCCGAUGAAGAAGAUGAUUUAGCAGAGGAGAAAACCACGCCUAAGAAAAGCAAAAGUCACAGUGGCACUGUCAAGAGGAGCUGCCUAAAUAUGAAUGUUUUAGAGGCCUGGUACAAAGAGCAAAAGCAGGAGAGCCCUGGCAGUGAUGACGGCAAGAUCGUUGUCAUGGUAGAGGAUGUGGAGAGUUUCCCAACAUCAGUGCUUGAAGACUUUAUCCAAGUUGUGAGCACACAUCUGGUGCCACUGGUGCUGGUGCUGUGUGUGGCCACCAGCGCCGCCGCCCUGCACGCCCGCCUCAGUCAACCCAUCCUGGCGCGCCUCUCCCUCACCUCCUUCAGGGCACAGCCGUCGCACAGCUACCUGGCAACGCUUGUACAGGAGGUGCUGAUGGACGGGGCAGUGAGCAGCAUGCGGCUGGGAGGCCGAGCGCUACGUCUUCUGCUCGACAUGUUUCUUUACCAUCACUUUUCUGUCAAAAUCUUCAUACAAGGACUCAAGUACUGCAUGCUAGAGCACUUCCUGAGCACACCAGCGUCGGUGAUUUGCUGCCCUGCAGAAGACAGACGACGAGUGCUGAACUCUCUCACUGCAGCGCAGCUCAACGACAUCAGGAAGCUGCCCUCGUUCAGAUCUUACACGGACAAGUUGCCUAUUAUAGACCAAGUGCCACUGCUGAUCGACGACAAACAUUUCAAGGACUGGGUGGUGACGCAGCUGCAGGUGCUGGAUGACCACCAUCACAACCUGGUGCGGGUGCUGCGCCUGCUCCACCCAUUUGCCUCCACCACCCCCCACGCUCCCCUCGGCAGACAGCUGUGGUCGCUGCUGGCGUUGAGCCUCAACGGACAGCUGGUGGAGGGGAUGGGGGAUGUACUGAACCAUCUGAGCAGCGUGCCACGUGACCAGCUCAUCUCCCCUCUCCCUCUAGCCAUCCUUGCCCUCUGUGGGGCGACUCACCCCACAUGCCUAUGGUGGCUUGUUCCUCUGCGUAAAGUUGAACUGCUUGAUGAGUUGUUGAACAUGGACGACUUGGACAAGACAACAACACCUGACUCGCCUCCGAGUUCUGGAGGUGCCGCCCCCCUACUCCCCAGCGACCGCUUCAAACUCAAAGAAAAACUCCAGGAAAUGGCCAAGAAGAAGCAAGCAAAGCCCAGCAAAUUUGCCGUCGUUCGCUCCAAAGUUGUAGAAAUUAUAGAUUGUUUAGUGAAGGAGUUUUGUGUGGUGCCGUCCACCCUUGCCCUACACGAGGCCGUGUAUUUUGAUGAUGCUGGUGUCGUCUCCAGCGGCCUCAUGGGCAAGCAUCGAGCCGCUAUCAACAAAGCUCUCACUAACCCGGCUGCUUACCUUCAUUGCGAAUGCUGUAAAGACAGCAAGGACUGGAACAGCCCCAGCCUGCCCGAUCUCUCCAUCGUGUACCGCUUACAUCUCGAGUGCGGCCGCCUCAUCAACCUGUACGACUGGCUGCAGGCCUUCUGUGCGUGUGUACAGGUGCGCAAAAACAACCUCAUUGAGGUAAAAAAUAACGCACCAGAAGAUACUGAUGAAGAUGUCAACAAGAACACGCCCAAGAAAAGGAAAAAUGCAGCGGUGAAGAAGAGUCAGGAAAACGAUGAUGGGGUUACCCCGCAGUUACAAGCCCGGUUCGUACAGGCCGUGUCGGAGCUGCAGCUACUGGGCUUCGUCAAGACCUCGCGUCGCAAGACCGACCACGUCGCCAGACUCACCUGGGGGGGCUACUGAACAACUAUAUUAUUUCUAUUAAUUUUGAUAUUAUUAUAACCAUUAUUAUUUCACGUUUCCUCAUUAUUAUCAUCAUCAUUGACCCGUCGCGCCUUUAAUUGGCAGCUCAAUGUUUAUCAUUAGAAAGCAAUCGUCCAAUCGUGUGCAGGUGAUUUUUAAUUUCUAUAUUAUCGGUGUAUUUAUUUAUUUAUUUAGGGCAUGUGGGAGAGUUCUGAAAGCUGUCUAAUCUAGAAAUUCGAUGAAUUACUUUCAAUUCCAAUGGCCAGAUAUAGUUUAAUCAGUAAAAAGUGGCUUGAUGUAAACACGUUUCAUCCUAAAAUUAAGGCUGCUUUUCUCAUUCCUGAUAUGGGAAAACUACUUGUUUCAUUUAAUGUUGAAGAUAACAUGAUGUUUCUUUCCGCAUACAGAACAGCUUGUUGUUCCACCCAUGCAGACGAAACCUAAUUUAAAUAUUCUUCCCGAGAUGUACGUACGUACUUGUAAUGCAGACUUUGUACCUCUGCUAGAACUGGUCUGUGUUUAGCCGCUGAUGGUUAUUUUAACUUGGUAUUCCAUGGUCGUAAGUUAUCAACACUCAAAUCUCUACUGAGCUUCGAAAUUUCCUGUUCGAAACUGAAAAUAUUUAAUUGUUCGAGUAUUAGUUAAGCGCUGUCACGGUGACUUGUAAACUGUUUAUGUGACUUUCGAACAUUUCCUGGACUACCGGCGUAAGAAUUUUUAUUAAAAACUUCUGUUUC